AUGAGCGAAAUCGCAAAAGCAAAGAGCGAGCUUCGACGUGGAGAAAUUAUAGGAAAGCCAUACAGAUAUUUUCAUAUUGAGAUUGAGAUAAGAUCAUUGUUUUGUUUCAAGAGAGAUCCCAUCUUGAUUUGCCUUUUUGAAGGGGACGAUAGGAAUCUGCAAGUAUUUCUCACUUUAAGGACUUCUUCUUUAUCAACCCACUCAAGUGAGGUUGCACUGCUCGGUGGGAAGAGAGAAGAAGGUGAUGCUAACGAUGUAGAAAUGGUGUUGAGGGAGGCUAAGGAGGAGAUUGGUUUGAACCCUUCUCUUGUUAUUGUUAUCACUUCUCUUGAGCCAAGGAGAUUUAUGACUCUCAAGUAUGGCAUGACAAUAACUCCUGUGAUUGGCAUACUAUCAAACAAGGAUGCAUUUACUCCCAUGUUAAAUCCAAAUGAAGUUGAAGAAUUAUUUGAUGUUCCAUUGGACAUGUUCCUCAAGAUUUUCAUAUAA